AUGUGCCGCUUUUCCUCGUCGGGACUUGGCUUCAGACCCCCCGGGGUGAGCCCGUUCGCUGGGGGCGGCGAUUUGUGUCUCGCUCUCCAGCUUAGAGCCCUCUGUUUAUUUCGCCCCUCUGCAGACGAGCCUGUGACGUUGGCCGUGCACGUGGGCAGUCAGAUCGACCUUCCGUGCAAAUCCCUGCUGGCCAACGACCUGCCGCUGCGCAUCAACUGGUUCAAGGACGACUCGCCGAUGCCCGUGUACAGCGUCACGUACGCCAGCAACGAGAGCUUCCACCGGACCAACAUCAUGCAGGGCCGGCACGCGGCCCGUUCCGACUGGAGCCAGCGGGCCUACUUCAGCGUGCUCGGUUCGCCGGCCACGCUCAAGGUCAACGACCUGGCCUUCCAGGACACCGGCACCUAUGUCUGCCAGGUGGUCAUCAGCCGUGGCACGCAGCGGAACGCCACCGUGCACCUGGUCGUGGUCGGGCCUCUGAAGCCUCCAAUUAUCCGAGACGCAAGAGGAAGAACUAAGAAGGAUAUAGUCGGGCCUUACUACGAAGGCGACGAGCUUCGGCUUACCUGUGAGACCCCAGGAGGAAAACCGAGUCCAUCCAUCACGUGGUUCAGGAAUGGCAAGGUUAUCACCAACCUGACCCGCACGUCAACACGUGGUAACAUCCGCAGUGACGCUAUCAUCUCGAGGCUAGAGCGUUCAGACCUGCUCUCAGUCUUCACCUGCCAGGUGUCCAACAACAUCUCGGCGGCCGUCGCUUCGUCCGUCAAGCUCGAAAUGAUCUUGCGCCCUCUGGAAGCCGUAGUGCGGCGCGGCGACACGCCCCUGUCAGCCGGAAUCCCGGUGGAAAUCGUGUGCGAAGCGAUGGGAUCCCGGCCACCGGCGACCAUCAGCUGGUGGCGCAACGGCGUCCAGCUCAACCAGACCUUCAACCACGUGUCGGCGGACGGCAACGUCACCACCUCGGUUGUCAACUUUACGCCCACGAGCGCCGACAAUGGCCUACAGCUCAUGUGCCGGGCCCAAAACCCGCUGCUGCCCGGUGCGGUGGCCGAAGAUGUCUGGGUCAUGCGCAUCUACUACAAGCCCAUCCUCAGCGUGGAGCUGGGACCGCCGUACCGCAACUCGAGCCUGGUCGAGGGUUCGGACGUGUUCCUCGAGUGCAAGGCUCGCGCCAACCCGCCGGUGAGCGGCGUGGGCUGGCGGCGCGAUGGCAGCGUGCUCGUGCCGUCGGCCGGACCCGAGGGGCACGUGAUCAACGACAACUUCCUGGCCAUCCAGAAGCUCAGCCGCCACGACUCCGGCAACUACUCGUGCUUCGCCGGCAACUCGGAGGGCGUCGCCGAGAGCGCCUGGUUCGGCCUGCGCGUCCAGCACGCGCCGGUGUGCAAGCAGCACUCCGCUGUGGUGUACGUGGGCUCGCGCGGCGACGAGGUGCAAGUGGUGUGCGAGGUCCUCGCGCAUCCGGACAUGGUGUCAUUCCAGUGGAGCUUCGACGGCGGUGGCGACGGCGGAAGCCGAGCGAUCCACUCGGGCUUCAGCGGCGACCGCGCCACGCUGUCGAGCGUGAUGCGCUACACGCCGCUCACGGAGGCCGACUUCGGGACGCUGCUCUGCCGCGCCAACAACAGCGCCGGCCACCAGCGGCGGCCAUGCGUCUUUCACAUCGUGCAAGCGAAGCCCCCGGAGCCACUGCACAACUGCCAGAUUUGCAACCUGACCGAGACAUCGCUGGGUGUGGCUUGCUGGACACCAGAGGACGCGGCCCGUGGCCCUGCCGCUGGCCUGAACACGACGUACGUGCUGGAGCUGUACAGCAGCCAGCAGCCGUCGCAGGUUCUCAACGCGAGCAGCAGCCAGCCCGUAUUCAGCGUUCGCAACCUGCAGCCGCGCACGGAGUACUUCAUCGUCCUCUACGGAGUCAACAGCCUGGGCCACAGCAACGCCGUCAAGCUCUACGCUAGCACGCUGACAUCCGCCGAAGCGCUCCUUGACACAGAACACGCCUGGAACGUCCUGGGUCUCGGUGUCUACUCAAGCAUACUGAUAGUGGUGCUGGUCAUCCUGUGCCUGGUGCUACUGGUCCUUGCAUUCGUUGUGAAUCGCUGGCGCAAGAAGCAAACGCUCAGAGAAGCCGGAGGUCACAAGAAGACAUGUCUUGCUACGAUCGACAGAAACGCGACAGUACGAAAGGAAGCAUAUGACGCAGCUGACGAAGAAGUUUCAGUGCUAGAUAUUAAAGGGCUGCCGACUGCAUCGAGCGGGCCGUUCGGCACCGACCUCGAAGAAGGUGUGUCGUACGUUCGCGAGACCGCAUCCAUCGCUGGACGCCUGCCCUGCCACACGACCGACAUGUACUACACGCUACCACAGCUGCACAGCCGCCACAACGGCAUACGGCUGCAGACCUUCUCCCGCGAGGUGAUGUGAGUGCAGUGAGAGGACGACCACCUGCCCCUCGCCGAACUCAGGGCGGCGGUCGGUUCACUCGACCCGAUCGGUCGCCAGCCGUCGGCGCUGACGCUCGAGCGUUCCACCGCGGCCCCGCUAAAAUUGGGCGUGGCUCUCGCCAUUGUGAUGAUCGCUGGAGUCGGCAUAUACUGAACGAGUGUCAUACACAUGUACGCUCUACGCAUACAGAAGGAGUCGUACACAUGACGUCACUGCGACGUCUUGAAUGUUGGAUUGCUCAUUCCAUGCCACCCAUGUAUUCUACACACGUGUCCUUUGCGAUCACUUCUCAGUUGCCAUCGCACGGAGCACGCGUGCACUCCCCGCGAGGGACAACCGCCGUGGAAGCCCUCUUCGUCGGUGGUUCGCGCUGCGCCGAUUGUGGGACAAAGCCACGAAGCAAACGGCGGACGCCUGCUGGACGGCGAAAACUGCGGUUGAGAGCUCAGAAAGGGUGAUUUUCUGAGACGCGAAAGCCAUCGAUUUGCCGCUUUUCAGUGAGCGGUCUGCAUACAUUGCGGUGGCCGUUGCCCUUCGGGAAGGAGCUUCGUAGAAACAGAUGAGAGACGCAGUGAUCGUUACUUUAUUUGUUACUUCUUUUUUUCUCCCCUUUUGCCUGCUUCGCUGCACCAUGUAGCUAUGCCUGUAUGUGUUUAUCCGCUGUAAGUCUUGUGUGGCUGCUGUGAAGCACCUGCGUUAUAGAAGUGGCGACGCUUCACGUUUUGUUAACAGCAAGGCUGGCUUCAAAAUGUUUUCACUUGCAUAUGUAGCCACCAGACGAUACAGCCGCUAUAGGCCCCCGCGUGAAGCUCAUCAUAGUAUCGCUGUUAAUAGGAUGAGAUCGACCACUGGAGUAUUGUAAUCAGCUAUAUUUUAUGUAUGAUAGUGGGUCCGUGAUGUUGAGUGUGUGACGAGAACAUAUAUGGCACGUACAAUGACUCGUAGAAUACAUUGUUUCCAUUGGUUUCCUAGCCUAUACCCGCACCCUUCCCAAUUUAGUGCUUCGUAGCAGUUUAGGAUGUCGUGUUCUUUGUGCUCAAUGCGGCUUUUCUUAAUAGCGAGUUACGCCGCUGUCGAGCGCGGCCAAGAUACGGAGCAUGUGUCUCCGAUGUUGUCAUGUGACUCACGAGUUGCGUAAAAACAACGGUUUCGAAUUACUGAAUUAUACGGUACAAGUAACAGACCGUU